AACAACACAACAAAAKCAGUUGGAAAAAUACCCGGGAGUUUUAGCUAACUAGCUGUGUUAUUAUUUCAUAUUUUCCGUCUAGUAGAUCAAUAACUAAUGAGGUAAACAACUCAGUACUUUGACCAACCUAUAUCGACUGGUUGACCUCUGAUCAAUUUUGUAUCUCGUGCGCUUUGCCCAUAAACUUUUUCUGGUAUAUUUGCMGUAGCUAAUUUUUGAGAUGCCUUCAUUUUUACCUACGGUGGCCGAACAACUKUUCAAAGACAUACAGAAGACAUACCAAGAGAAAACUAAAAUUCCUGAUGACCUGCUUAUUGCGCUGAGGUUUGUGUUUGGCUCCUGUGCCCUCCAGGCCUUGGACCUGGUGGACCAGCGCUCUGUCACCUGUGUCUCAUCCCCCAGUGGACGGAGAGCUUAUCAGGUGAUUGGAGGGUCAGGGCUGCUGUACACCUGCUACACCUCCUGUCACUACUGCUCCUGCCCAGCCUUCGCCUACACUGUGCUCAGGAGGAACGAGAGCCUGCUGUGCAAGCACAUCCUGGCUGCCUACCUCAGUCAGGCCAUGGAGCUGUCCCAGCAGGAGGCCCUGUCUGACCAGCAGAUGUCCAGCAUCCUUUCUGGGAGAGCAGCAAGAACUGACACGUAGAGCACCAGACCCCCAGGUCACUCAUCCAGACCUACAUGUAGAAGACCAGACCGCAGCUACAGACCCAAAGCGCAACCCAACAGGUCACUGAUCCAGACUCAAAGCCACACAGCACCAUCUGAGACCAAGCUACAACAGCACAUCCUGAGGAAAGAUGUUUAAAAAGCAAAGCCUACUGCUGCUGUAUGGUCUCCUCCAGUCUGUCUGCAUGUGUGAAGAUUACUUUUAUGGCUUUUAGGUCAUUGUACUGUUCUUCUAGAACUCUGGUGUGGUUCUCCGCUUUCUGAAAAUCAAAAGACAAAAAAUGUUGCUGUUUUUUGUGAGUGUUCGUGUUCUUAAUCUGUUGCCAGAGAAUAUGCAUCUGUUCAUUGACUAUUUUAAGACUCUCCUUUUAUAUGAAAAUGGURGUUAUAUGUAGGUUUGUAAACGCUUCUUGUAAGAAUAUGACUCUGACU